AUGUGGAGUCAAGUCACAGGCGUGCUGCCCUAUCCUGCAAGCGCUAGAGGAGCGUCAAGAUCACUGGACCCCAGUUACGAGACCAGAGUUCUUGAUGACAAAGCCCGUGUUGUCAUUUUCUCGAGACGAGCUCAAAACGUGUACAAAGAUGUAUUGGACAAUUUGAUGAAUGCGAUGGCGGAUGUAAGCCAGCGGCUUGACCGACUGGACCGCAGAGAGAUGACCCAGCCCGGCGAAAGGGUGAAUAAACGACGAAAUGAGAUGGAGAUGAUCCAGCUACGCAAGACGAAAACGGAAGCCCGGGCGAAACGUUUCCGAUGUGACAAGGGCAGUUUGCAUGGGAUUGUUCGAUGA